GCCAAGCGGAGAAGGGAGGUGCGGCGAUGGGGCGGCCCCUCCGGGCCCCGUGCCCGUGCCGGUGCCCGUCCCAGCGGCGACGGCGUCCGGCCAGGGCAGCAUGAGGGCGCCGGGGGCGGGGAGCCUGUCCCCGUUGUGCGGUGGCCACAACGCUUCGCAGGCGGCCCCGGCCCCGGGGAACGUGUCGUCGUCGUCGUGGGCGUCGUGGUGGUGGUGGUCGUCGGGGUCCGGGUGGGCGUGCGUGCCGCCGUCGGUGGGCAUCCCGCUGGCCAUGAUGGUGACCGGCCUGGUGGGCAACGGGCUGGCCCUGCUGCUGGUGGGCCGCGCCUACCGCCGGCGGGGCGGCGGGGGGCCCGGGGGGCCCGGGGGGGCCGGCGGGCGGCGCCGGUCCUUCCUGCUGGGGCUGGGCGGGCUGGCCCUGACCGACCUGGCCGGCCAGCUGCUCACCAGCCCCGUGGUGCUGGCCGUCUACCUGUCGGGCCGGCCGUGGCAGCGGCUCGACCCGUCGGGCCGCCUGUGCCACUUCUUCGGGCUGAGCAUGACGGCCUUCGGCCUGUGCUCGCUGUUCCUGGCCGGGGCCCUGGCGCUGGAGCGGGCGCUGGCCAUCGGGGCCCCGCACUGGUACGCCGCCCACCUGCGGGCCGGAGCCCCCCGGGCCGUGCUGCUGGCCGCCUGGCUGGCCGGCCUGGCCUUCGCCCUGCUGCCCGCCGCCGGCGUGGGCCACUACGGCGUCCAGUGGCCCGGCACCUGGUGCUUCAUCAGCACGGCCCCGGGCCCCGGCGGGCGGACUCCCCGGGGCCGCCGCUUCUUCGCCGCCGCCUUCGCCGGGCUCGGCCUGGCCGCCCUGGCCGUCACCGUGGCCGCCAACCUGGCCACCGUCCGGGCCCUGCUGGCCCGCUGCCGCCCGCCCGCCCCCGCCCCGCGCUGGGGCAGGGUCACCGCCGAGACCGUCGUCCAGCUCACGGGCAUCGUCUGCGUCCUGGCCGCCUGCUGGUCCCCGCUCCUGAUUAUGAUGUUGAAAAUGACCCUCGAUCAAACAUCAAUGGAGCCCUGCAAGAUCGACAACUUUCAGACUCUGGAACAUCCGAAAGAAUGCAAUUUCUUCUUAACGGCAAUCCGCUUGGCUUCUCUGAACCAGAUCUUGGACCCCUGGGUUUAUCUGCUGCUAAGGAAGAUCGUACUGCGAAAAUUUUGUCAGGUAGCGAAUGCUAUCUCCUGCUGCUCUAAAAAUGGACAAAAAGGGCAGCCUAUCCCAUUAUCAAACCAAGUCAUACAGACAAGGAGCAUGAAAGAGAACAUUUAACCAACUUGCAUGCUUAACUGCUUUCGGCAGCCAGUAGUCUUAAACCUUACUGUGAAUUUAGGCAUCUGCCACAUGCUAUGUGCACACAUCAAAGAGGGAUCUUGCUAGAAGGAUGAAAGGACUCAGAGAGUUUGAUAAUUCUAUUUCCCAUAGGUGCCAAAACUAUACAGGAAAGGAGAAUAUCUUAACAAUGAUCUGGUAUUCUUGUGUCUUUCCCAUUUAGAGUUGAACAUGUGAUGAAUCCACGCAGUUUCCCGAUGAGCUUUCUCUGGUGGAUUGGGUCAGGACUGAGCAUUGCAGAAUAUUUUAUAAAUCAUUGAAACAGUGGUGGUUCACUCGAGAGUUGGUCCUCGUUGGUCCUACAACCAUAUUUCCCCCCACUUUUUUUAGAGGGAAGGAUACAAGAAUUAAAAGAAUCUAAGGACUUUUUUUCUUUUGUGGUUAAGUGGUUGGAAACCAAACUGGGACAGAAAGUGUCAUACGGUAGGUUAAUAUUGAAGCUUUUCCCUUUUUUUUUCUCCAAAUUAAUCCAGAGUUUAAAAGUAGCUUUACAAGUUUUUCAUUUUAAUUGAUUCUCCCAGUUCUACACCGUCACGGGAGUUGUGUUCUUAAGGGGGCUGGCUGAUUCUGCAUGCUUACGGCAGAGAGUUUCCUCUGGCAUUAUGUCGUGUGUCUCCAGAUGGGCUCACUUGACUGGAGGAAUGCUCCCUGAUUCCCUAGCAACUUUCUAGAAAAAAAGUUGUAGUGAAAUUUUGCAUUAUGACAGACUUGAAGAUUCAAUCUACACUCUGCUGCUCUGGGUUUUAUAAGUAAUGGGGGUAUUUGGGAAUAUCUCAAUGCAAAAUUAUCUCCCUUUUUAGUGAUGGUGCCAAUUUUAUAGAAUAAAGUCUGCAGGUGGGUUUUCAGACACGUUAUGUCGUUAUUGAAGUAAUUUUUUAGAAGUGGAAAAUAUUCAUUAGAUAUUUGAUCUGAGUAAAUAUCUCCUUUCCACUUAAUUAUCUCCAGUAUGUUGAAUAUGCAUAUGGAAUAUGCCUCAACCUUUUUGCUUCUUGAAAAGAAAAUCAUCAAAAAUCAGAAUUGCAACUCUAAUUCUGGGAAAUUCAAGCAUUUUUGAUCAUUACAAUUGUGUUAAACUGUCAGUUUUGAUGAUCCUGUAUUGAAUACUAACAACCUUUUUUCAUUAAAGAAAAAGUUAAAUACUAUAGGGCUGGAUGGGACUUUAUUUCCUCCUAAAACUGUAAUGGGUAAUGCAAAUUGAUUAUGUGUAUGGAUAACUUUCAAACCAGUCACAAUAUCCUAAUCCUGAACUUUAUGUGCGAUAGAACAGAGUUUAUAUUUCAUUGUUCAGCUAAUCUACUGGAUUUAUCUAAUAUUAGUCAACUGGGGUCUCAAGAAUCUUUGACACUGUACUUGAAGUGCAUCUUUAACAACAAUAAAGCUCAUUUAGGGCUUAUCCAAAUGUAAAGACAAACACUUUGCUGUAUUAACUUGUGCAGCCCAUUUGAAUGGGUUCUGACAUCUAUGUUUUCUGUAAAGUGGGUUAUCAUCGUAUUGCUCUCUCUCCUCUUUGAGAAGUAAAUAUCAUUUAUCUUAGUUGACAGAUGCUGGACUUCCAACUUUCCUUUGGGUAAGGAGUUUUAAGCGGGAUGCCUUUCAACAGGUAAAGUACAGGCAUUCAGUGAACUUAUACACGCAAAGGCCAAGUCAUGACUUUAAAAGGGAUCAUCCAAUUAAAUGACCGCGCAGAAUCAAGUGGAAGCAGAGCAUUGUUGACGGCGCUAGAAAAUCGUGUUGCGGUACCUGGAUGAGAUUAGGAAAGGAAUAAAUGUAAUGUACAUUCUAAAUUCUUUACUAAAACUUGGUGGUUUAAAGGUACCACAAGCUGUAUAUUAUUUUGUGACUCUUUCCCAAUAAAAAAGUUGUCAAAACCAAA